AGUUCUCGGCCCGGGAGUCCUCCUCGAGAGAAACACCGACUCCGACGCAAUCUAAAAUGUUUUCGUUUGAGACCUUUCGAAAAUCCUCCACUGAUUCUUACUGGUUGCCACGGCGCUCACCAUCUACGGUCACAGCUUCUUCUAUCCCGAUAGUCAACGAGCCCAACGAAGUUCAAACAUGGGACGACCUACAAUCCCUCGCAAUCGCGAGUCUCGACCGCUUGCUAGCUGCAAUUAAUGGCGGCCAAAAACGCGAAUACAGCACGUGCGUUCACGACACCAUCAACGCCCUUACAACCGUCAUGACCGGCGCCGCGUUCCCUGGGUUCUUGAUAGAAGACAACGACCCUAUAUUUGGCGAGCUGCAUUCGCAAAUCAUGGACUCGCUAGGAAAAUUGGUUGUCGCGGCAGAACAGGCCUCUCUGUCGCCUGAGACCACGCCUGCGGUAUCUCCGGCGACAGAUCUGCCUCCCACAAGUCCGAGGUCUUCGCCGUAUGAUUAUGAAUGCGAAGUUAGCUGCCAAAAGCUGCAAAGCGCGCUGGUCAAAUUCAUCUACCAGGCUCGUCUGACGCGCCCGACACCUGUACAAAACCAGCAACCCGAAUUUAUCGACAGCAGCGCCGUCGCUGGUGCAACCAGCGCCGCGAGUGAUUUGGAUUUUGCGUCGAAUACUGACGCUGCAGAUGGAAAGACCCCCAUCAGCGCUGCAUCGUCCUCGUCGCGAGCACCGAGCGUGACUUCAUUACAGCUCGACGGAUUCUGGGGCGCGUUCCGAAGUCGGCAGAAUUCAGCAGCAUCCGGCGGUAGCGCACCGACGGCGGCACUUGACGAGCAAUUCCUCGGUACUGCCGAAGCGCAACACGCUGCGAUAACGAACGUAUUGCGGGAUUUCGUAAAGUUUCUCGAAAAGCAGCCAUACUCGCCGUCCUCGGACGAGGAGAUUAUGAUUGAAAAGGCGAUCAAGGCGGCCGAGUUUGUGAGGUCUUAUCUGUCGCUUCUGGAAUCUGCGGAUUUGACACCGCUUCUGCAGCCAUUAUCGCCCACGGUCGCGGACUUUAAGACGUCGAAGCAGGCGCUGUAUGACGCGAUCGCGGGAUUCUUGCUCGCGGCGCAGAAUCUGACGCUGACGGACGAGCCUGCGGCGACGUUUGGACCGAGGCUUGAGAAAUCUGUGCGGUCUACACGCGAGCUUGAGCGGGCGGUCCAGAGUAUCACGUUCCCGUUGCAGUUUUUGGUUGAAGAGAAAGCGAUGAGGGAUCGCAAGAAUUCGACGAAUAGUGAGAGUACGGAUAAGCUGUUUGAUUUAACUGGUGGGUUUGACAGCGGCGGCAUGCGAAGAACUAGCGCCGGAAGCCGACGGAAUUCGUUUAUGGAUAUCUUGAUUGACGACGCUGGACGCGCCGGGGCAGGCGACAGUCUCAGCGCGGCGAACUUCCCAGUGACGAAGAGCGAGCGGAAGCUAGAGCAGUUUUUCGGAAACAAGGGGGUUCCAAAAGCGUACUCAUUCACGCCGGCUGCGGGCGAUCGACGCAAAGAAGAUACACCUUGGUACCUGAAAAACGAUUACGAAGACGAACUGGUGUACGACGCUCGAGGAGCGGUCAAAGGCGGAACUUUGACUGCGUUGCUGGAACGGUUGACGCGGCACGAUUUUCUGGAUACGUCGUUUAACUCGACGUUCCUGCUGACGUAUCGCAGCUUUACAAACUCACGUACGCUGUUCGAGAUGCUGAUCAACAGGUUCACGAUCCAGCCUCCAGAGAGUUUAACCGCCGAGCAACUGGAAGAGUGGGUGGAGAGGAAGCAGAAGCCGAUUCGGCUGCGGGUGUUCAACAUCAUCAAGAUCUGGAUCGAGCAGUAUUGGGUUGACGACGACUUUGACAGCGAAGAGGCGGAGAUGUCUCGAGAAGUGCUGUCGUCGCUCGAAGGGUUCACAAAGCUGCUUAUCCAGCAGCAAUUUCCCGGCGCAUCGACGCUCGCGAAAGCGGUCAGACAGAGACUAGGAGGCGGCGACGUGUCAGGCCUGCGCCGGCCGACGCAGAUCUCGGUGAGCUUGAGCAACGCGCCCGCGCCAAUUCUGCCGAAACGCAGUUCAAAGAAACUCAAGUUCUCGCACUUCCACGCGCUCGAGAUUGCGCGCCAGCUGACGUUGAUCGAGUUUGACCUGUUUAGCAGGAUCAAGCCGUCAGAGUGUCUGGCGCGAACAAAGAGGACAGGGCAUAAGCGGAGUGUGGGUGGAGCAAGCACGAGUUCGGGGAGCGGGGGUAGUGGAGAGGAGAAUAUUGCGGCGUUGAUUCAUUAUUCGAAUCAGUUGACUAAUUAUACCGCCCAUCUGAUUCUUUCGUACGCGGAUGUGAAGAAGAGGGCGAAUGUGAUUAAGCAUCUGAUCAAUGUGGCCGAUCAAUGCCGACAACUGCACAACUUCUCAUCAAUGACAGCAAUCAUCUCGAGCUUAUACUCCGCCACGAUCCACCGUCUGAUCAAGACAUGGGACAUUCUUCCCCAAAAGUACCAUGUCAUGCUCGAGAAUCUCUACCGGCUGAUCGACUCGAGCCGCAACUUUGGCGAGUACCGCACGAUGCUGCAUCUGAUCAGUCCGCCGUGCGUGCCGUUCUUUGGGGUGUAUCUGACCGACCUGACGUUUAUCGAGGACGGGAACACGAAUAAUCUCGUGCAGUCGAUAAAUAACGGAGACAACAGCAAGCAGCGAGCCGACGACGGAGGCGACAAAACGAGUAGCAGAGAACCGUCUUUGUCUGUUACCACCUCCCCCACCUCAUCUUCUUCAGCAGCGGCAGCAACCUCGUCCCCUGCUCCACCAGCAGACCCAGUCCGGUCCGACAUGAUCAAUUUCUCGAAACGCACGCGCGCGGCCGAAGUCAUCCGCGAGAUCCAGCAGUACCAAUCUGUGCCGUACACGCUGCGGCCGGUCAGGGAGCUGCAGGAUCUGUUGCAGGAGGGGCUGAGUAAUUCGCAGAACCUCGAGCAGCUGUACAACACGUCGCUUGAGUACGAGCCGCGCGAGCGCGGGGAUGAUGAUAAGCUUGCAAGGUUGUUGCAGGACAGUGGGUUCUUGUGAGCGAGGUGAGUUCUAGUGAGCGAGAUGGGUUUUUGGGUAUUUAGGUAUUUACACGGAUGUACAUUAGGAUGGUGUUUUGUAUUUUUUAUAUUGUUUGGUACUUACUUUGUAAGGGAUGGUGACGAUGAAUGUAAAUAUACUAUUAUAAUACAAUAGAAA